CACUCAUAAUUAUAUUGCGUUGCGUCUCAAAGCAAGACUCUGUAUAUAAGCUUGAUAUCCGAUUGCCAGCACUAGCGAAGAAUCAUGAGCGAUCCGCUUCAGGAAUGUAUUGAUGCUAUAAAGCCACUGUUUGGUGAUGAUGCAGACAAAGCUGCCGUGUUGUGUGGGCAGUUUGCGCCUAUCACAGUCGGCGACCAGCUGAACGAUGCCGUCGUUGGCCUGAACACCUUGUACCUUACAUCAUGCGGUGCACUGGUGUUUGUCAUGCACGCUGGCUUUGCCAUGCUUUGCGCAGGAGCGAUUCGAUCGAAGAAUACAAUGAACAUCCUCUUGCAGACUGUUAUGGACGCAGCUGUUUCAGCGAUUGCCUUUUACAUUCUUGGAUACGGUUUCGCUUACGGCAUUGGCGACAAGCCUAACGGAUUUAUCGGCGAUGCGCUGUUUGGUCUGGCUCGUUGGGCUCCAAAAAACGUCGCUCUCAACCCAGCAGCCGGCGAUGGCUGGCAGAACUGGUUCUUCCAAUGGGCCUUCGCUGCGACCGCCACAACCAUUCCCGCCGGUGCGGUGGCGGAACGUCUCAACUUUAAUGCUUACCUCAUUUACUCGUUCUUCAUUUCCGCGUUCGUCUACCCGGUGGUGGUGCACUGGGUGUGGGCCUCCGAGGGCUGGCUGGGCAUGGCUCGCUACAUCGGCUACUCGCACCUGUUCCGGUCUGGCAUGAUUGACUUCGCCGGCAGCGGUGUGGUGCACAUGACGGGCGGUCUGGCUGGCCUUGCGGGCUGCAUCAUGGUGGGGCCCCGCAUGGGCCGCUUCGACAGCAACGGCAACCCCGUCGAGAUGCCCGGUCACUCGGCUACUCUGGUGGUGCUGGGCACGGUGCUGCUGUGGUUCGGAUGGUACGGCUUCAACCCCGGCUCCCAGCUGCUGAUCAACACGGCUGUGAGCGCCUCCGUUGUGGGCCGCGCCGCCGUCACCACCACCUUGGCCGGAGCUGCCGGCUGCCUGUCCUGCCUGCUGACCGCCUUCUUCCGCCACAAGGCCUGGGACCUGCUGGCCGGCUGCAACGGCGCCCUGGUGGGAUUCGUGUCCAUCACCGCCAGCGCCAACGUGGUGGAGCCCUGGGCCGCCCUCAUCUGCGGCCUCAUGGGCGGCUGGGUCUUUGACUUCGUGUGCUGGGUGUUCCUGAAGCUGCGCAUCGAUGACCCGCUCAGCGCCGCGCCCAUGCAUGCCUUUUGCGGCGCCUGGGGCGUCUUCUUCGCGGGCCUCCUUGCCAAGCGCCAGUACGUGUGCGACUCGUACGGCAGGGACUGCGACAACACGUACUACAUCCCCAACGGUCUGCUGUACGGCGGUGACGGUCGUCUGCUGGCCUCCCAGGUCAUUGGCAUCAUCUGCAUAUUUGCUUGGGUGUUCGGUCUCAUGAGCAUCCUGUUCGCCGUGAUGAAGGUCCUCAAGAUCUUGCGCAUCUCAGCCGAGGAGGAGCAGGCGGGUCUGGACGUGUCGAAGCACGGUGGCUCGGCCUACAACUACGACCACGGACUAGGUAAGCCGGAGAAGGCCCAGGCCAUGGGUCUGUAAGCACCGCCACCACCGCCACCUGCAGUGCUCUUCUCCGUCCCCUUGUGGUGCCCCAUCAUCAAGAUCUUCCUGAGCAGUCUUUUAUUACGUUGUCAACACGCAUGUAUGUAUGGUUGCUUUGUGACCGGUCCUGUUUUCGGAAGGUCGCGAGCGUUGGUUCUUCCAGUCUUUAUCCUCCUAGCUAAGCUGAGGGUAUCUUAACAGCCCUGUGUAACCCUCAGCUGGUCUACAAAGUACCGUAGAUGUAUUUAUCGCCUCCAUUUGGUGUAACUUCCCGCGCGGCAUACAACAUAGCACAGCAAUAUUUUGUGCCCCGAGUAGAGAGGGGCCACGGGAGGGAGUGUGGAAGGGGCCGUCUCGAUGGGGUGCUGGGUGUAGGGU